CAGAGUGAAGAGAAGCAAAUAUCGGAAAAAGGUGCUCGCCUUCUCUACACGCUUUGUGAUUCUGCCGGACGCUCUCUCUGAGCCUGCUGUUUCUCUAGGUCCGUCACUUCUCAAAGUCUUGCCGGUUGUUCUCAGGUACUUUUUGAUCGGAGUUCUGAUUGGAGAAUUGAGUGCCGCCCUUCGACUUCAUUUGAUAAUUUCUUCGUGUUUUCUACGAGAUCAAUGUUCUAGCACGCUGUUUCAGAUGUCAGGUUUGAAUUCUUAGUAUUUAUAAGGAGUUAUUACUGCUGGCGAAGCAUUAUUGAAGCGGAUUCAAGCUCGGGAGUGUUCGAUUUUUUUGUUGUCUGAUCAGUUGUUGUUAAGUCUGUUUACUGUUUUUGGAGAGAUCCAAGUUGAAACCUUCGGAUUCUGAUCCGGAGAUUCUCAUCUGAUUGAAAUAUUGAAUGACUAUUCAUAUCUGGUGACUUAUUAUUUAGUUUCAUUGGAAUUUGAGAUUUUCUGUGUUUUGAAUAUUAUACUUUGUUAAUUCACCAUUAUAGUUUAUAGUUUAGAGUCGAUGUUGGUGUGGGGAAUGACAAUAUGACAUGAUUGACUAGUGAGGAGCCACCAUUUGGUGUUUGCUGUUGUUGGUGGUGUGUGUAUAGCAUGCUAUAUACUUGUAUAUUAGGUUCCCCCAUUAAGUUAGGCAGAGAUAGGCCUAGUGGGAACUUUGAGAAAGUUUGAUUUGCUUUUUCUGAAGGAAAAUAAAGCAGAAAAGGUUAGUUUUAUCCAAUUAUUAGAACCUGGAUCAUCUUGAUCUCUUUUUUUAAAAAUAAUUUCUUCAAAGGAGAAGUGGUUAGUAGAAUGGCACAGAGAGGUAAAGGUCUUCAUUCAAUCAAAUCUUUACCUGUGGAUUUUGAAUUUGUGAAGUCUGAUUCUUCAGAGCAACUUGAUGUGGGAAAUGAUACUGGUUAUAGAAUGACAUCAAAUAGUAUACCAGAGAAUGGGGAAUUUUUGAGUAAGGUUAAUGGCAAUGUUAAUAGGGAUAAUGAUGAAUCCCCUUAUAGAAGUUUGAGCUUUCCUAUGGAUGAAAGGCCUUUUGCAGUUUUAGAUGAUCCGAAUAUUGCUACCUCUCAUUUACUUUCAUUUGCCCCCACUGCUGUUGAAUCAAAGUGGAGUGACACCAGCUCAUAUGCCACCAAAAAGAAGUCACAUUCUUGGUUUCAACUUCCCAAUGGGAAAUGGGAGCUUGCGACGAUCAUUUCCACCUCUGGAACUGAGUCAGUGAUAUCAUUUCCUGAGGGAAAAGUGUUGAAAGUGAAAUCUGAAAAUCUGCUACCAGCUAAUCCUGAUAUCCUUGAUGGGGUUGAUGAUCUUAUGCAACUAAGUUAUCUAAAUGAGCCAUCAGUUUUGAACAAUCUUCAGUAUCGCUACAGUCAAGAUAUGAUAUAUACAAAAGCUGGACCAGUUCUUGUAGCCAUUAAUCCAUUUAAGAAAGUUCCAUUAUAUGAAAAUGAUCACAUCGAAGCAUAUAGGCGUAAAUCCAUUGAGGGUCCACAUGUAUAUGCUAUAACAGAUACAGCAAUGAGGGAAAUGGUGCGAGAUGAAGUAAAUCAGUCUAUCAUUAUAAGUGGGGAAAGUGGAGCAGGCAAAACAGAGACAGCAAAGAUAGCAAUGCAAUACUUGGCUGCACUCGGAGGUGGCAGUGGAAUUGAGUAUGAGAUUCUGAAAACAAAUCCCAUCUUGGAAGCCUUUGGUAAUGCAAAAACAUUAAGGAAUGAUAACUCAAGUCGAUUUGGAAAACUGAUUGAGAUUCACUUUAGUCAGACAGGAAAGAUAUCAGGGGCAAAUAUUCAAACUUUUCUACUUGAAAAGUCAAGGGUUGUACAGUGUGCGGAGGGAGAAAGGUCAUAUCAUAUCUUUUAUCAACUUUGUGCAGGAGCACCACCUCUGCUCAGAGGGAAACUAAACUUGAAGGGGUUGAAUGAUUAUAAGUAUUUGAGGCAAAGCAAUUGUCACUCCAUAUCUGGGGUUGAUGAUGCUGAACAAUUUCAAGUUGUAGUGGAAGCUCUUGAUGUUGUCCAUGUUAGCAAAGAGGACCAGGAGAGUGUAUUCUCAAUGCUAGCAGCUGUGUUGUGGCUAGGGAAUAUCUCUUUUACAGUUGUUGACAAUGAGAACCAUGUUGAACCUGUUGUUGAUGAAGGGCUAUCUACUGUUGCUAAUUUACUGGGUUGUGAUGUUGAGGCAUUAAAGCUGGCUUUAUCAACUCGAAAGAUGAGGGUUGGAAAUGAUAAUAUAGUUCAAAAGCUAACUCUAAUUCAGGCCAUUGACACAAGAGAUGCAUUGGCAAAAUCAGUUUACGCUUGUUUAUUUGACUGGUUGGUUGAACAAAUAAAUAAGUCACUUGCAGUUGGCAAACGACGAACUGGGAGGUCUAUUAGUAUUCUUGAUAUUUAUGGUUUUGAAUCUUUUGAGAGGAAUAGCUUUGAGCAGUUCUGUAUUAAUUAUGCCAAUGAAAGGUUGCAGCAACACUUUAAUCGUCACUUGUUUAAGUUGGAACAAGAGGAAUACAUUCAAGAUGGCAUUGACUGGAAAAGAGUUGAUUUUGAAGACAAUACAAACUGUCUAAAUCUUUUUGAGAAGAAACCACUUGGAUUGUUAUCUCUUUUAGAUGAGGAGUCAACCUUUCCUAAUGGCACAGACUUGACAUUUGCAAAUAAACUCAAGCAACACUUAAAUUCUAAUCCUUGUUUCAAAGGCGAUCGAGGCAAAGCUUUUACAGUAUGCCAUUAUGCUGGCGAGGUCACAUAUGAUACAUCUGGUUUUCUUGAGAAGAAUCGUGAUUUACUCCAUCUGGAUUCCAUUCAACUUCUCUCUUCUUGCAAGUGCCACCUUCCCCAGAUUUUUGCAUCCAAUAUGUUAUUUCAAACUGAGAAGAUUGUUGUAGGCCCCUUGUAUAAAUCAGGUGGUGCUGAUUCUCAGAAAUUAAGCGUUGCCACAAAAUUCAAGGGUCAACUAUUCCAAUUGAUGCAACGGCUUGAGAGUACGACAUCACAUUUCAUACGCUGUAUCAAACCCAACAACUUUCAAUCUCCUGGAAAGUACGACCAAGGACUUGUUUUGCAGCAGUUGCGAUGUUGUGGUGUUUUAGAAGUAGUUCGAAUAUCCAGAUCUGGAUUUCCUGCAAGAAUGUCCCAUCAAAAAUUUGCUAGAAGAUAUGGGUUUCUGCUACUGGACCAUGUUGCCUCGCAAGACCCACUAAGUGUUUCAGUUGCAAUUCUUCAUCAGUUCAAUAUUCUGCCUGAUAUGUAUCAGGUUGGCUAUACCAAGUUGUUCUUCCGAACUGGGCAGGUUGGGGUGCUUGAGGAUACUAGAAAUCGCACCCUCCAUGGUAUCUUAAGUGUUCAAAGCUGCUUUAGAGGUCACCAAGCUCGUAAAUCCCUUAAAGAAUUGAAGAGAGCAAUUGUUACUCUCCAGUCAUUUGUUCAUGGUGAAAAAAGCAGAAGAGAUUAUGCAAUCUUGCUACAGAAAUACAGAUCAGCUGUGUGUAUACAGAAGCAUGUAAAGGAGAGGAUUCAUAGGAGAACUUACAGAAAUGUGUGUAGUGCAUCCAUCCUGAUACAAUCAGCUAUACGUGGAUGGCUGGUAAGAAGAUGCUCUGGAGACAUAGGGCUUCUACAGUUUGGUAGCAAGCAGGGUAACGAGUCUGAAGAGGUAUUGGUGAAGUCUACAUUCCUAGCUGAAUUACAACGCAGAGUUCUAAGGGCUGAAGCUGCACUAAGAGAAAAAGAUGAGGAGAAUGACAUCCUUCACCAACGGCUCCAGCAGUAUGAAAACCGUUGGUCAGAAUAUGAGUUGAAAAUGAAGUCUAUGGAAGAAGUGUGGCAAAAACAAAUGAGAUCAUUACAGUCAAGUCUAUCUAUUGCGAAGAAGAGCCUGGCUUUAGAUGAUUCUGCACGGAACUCAGAUGCAUCAGUGAAUGCAAGUGACGACAAAGAGUCUACUUGGGAUAUAGGGAACAACAGGACCGCCCUCGAGAACAAUGGAGUGAGGCCUGUGCGUGCAGGUCUAAGUGUUAUUGGCCAAUUAGCUGAAGAGUUUGAACAAAGGAGUCAAGUAUUUGGUGACGAUGCAAAGUUUUUGGUUGAGGUUAAAUCUGGUCUGACCGAGGCCAACUUGAAUCCUGAUCAUGAGCUUAGAAGACUGAAACAUAUGUUUGAAUCUUGGAAAAAGGACUACGGAGUAAGGCUAAAGGAAACCAAGGUUAUAUUGCAUAAACUGGGAAGUGAAGAAGGGGCUAGUGAUAAAAUGAAAAAGAAAUGGUGGGGAAGGAGGAAUAGUUCAAGGUUUAACUGAGUGAUUUGUAAACGUAAAUAAAUUGUAUUGUUUGCAUUUUGAGUUGCAUCACUACUCACUAGCAAGCUGGAGUAAUUUUGUAUAGAAGUGAAAUGUUUAGUUGUGUAAUUUAAAUCCUUGAUAGCCAUUUGCAUAAUUUGUGAACAAUGAUUCAUAUAUUUA